AUGGGCAAUGUGAGUUCGUCCCCGGACGAAUAUCCAACUUUGUAUAUAAAGAAUUCAGAUCGAUCGGUUUCGACAUCUGCUCAUGAUCCAUACAUUACAUUUCCAGUCACAUCAACUGGUAUUGCCGCGAUUCCUAACACAGUAGAACUGUUGGAAUUUAUACAAGAUCCGCACGUAAAGUCAAUAUCUCCGAACAAGUUUUUGCUUAAAUUGGCCAAGGAUAAAAAAUUGGAGUUAAAGUUCAAGUUCAAUAUUGGAAAAUGUGGGGGGAACAAAUCGGAUGUGAAAGGUCUCACCUUCAUAAAUGCAGCAAACGAAAGGGAGUUGGAAAGGAUAGUGACCGUAGAGUUCAAUGAAGAUCCUAAUCUUCAUAAUCAUCCUAAUGUAACUCUGGUUGGAAAUUACGAGGCUAAUGAAACUCAAACAUCAGAGGUAGAAUGGACAUGGAUGUGGUCGCCCCCUUAUAAUAUGGAUGAGUUUUCCGAGUACGAUGCAAAAGAUAAUACAUUUCAGUCGUUGGCAUCCUUCACAUUUUGGGUCGCCGCUAACACACGGAGCCAUUAUUAUCGCACGUCCAAAAGCUCCGAAUCCCUUGACGGAACACCAUUUUGCAUGGUCAGCGGCACACCCCUAUUGCCAUCAUCAACCUCUACACCGUGGUCACUGAACCUUCCACGUAGCGUUCGCCCUUCAAGCCCAGAAAACGUAUACCUUCCGGUGCCCGGUGUAUCUUCGGGAACAUCUUCUAUUUCAAGUGGAGGUAGACGUUCAUCGGAUGACGUGAUGUUCCAGCAUGAACCCGAAGAUGGCCCAUUGUUUCGGGCAACCUUAUCUUCCUAUGAGAAGAAAACCGGUUCGCUGAAGCACCACAUAAAAAGGGUGCUAAAAGCUGCCACCACCUAUCACGACACUGUUAUGGAUAAUAAUGAGGCUGACGAUGAACUUAUUGGUGCGUUACGAAGGGCUGCCGUCGCACACCCUCAGGCAUUUCAGCCCAUUCUAGAUGGUUAUCUAGAAGAAGCUUACAAGAAAAUUGGAACAUAUAGAGAAAGCUUCGCAAAUCAGAUGUCUAAUCUACUGAUAGAGCCCCUUCGUAAGAUGUACGAAAAUGACAUUAAAGUCGCCGAGAGCAAAAAGAAAGAAUUUGAGGAGGAGUCACGCGAUUAUUAUCAAUUCCUUUCCAAGUAUUUAUCUUUGAAAGUGGAUUCUGCGAAAGAAAAGAAAAAAUUUGAAUCAGAUUCAAAAUACCAAAGUAAACGAAAAAAUUUUGACUUGAAGCGGUUCGAUUAUUAUGCUUACAUGCAAGAUUUGCAUGGAGGUAGAAAGGAUCAAGAGAUUUUAUACCAUUUAACGAAUUUUGCCGAAAAGCAUUUUGCAUUCUUUCAGCUAACCGCCGUGGGGAUGCAAAGUGUGAAACCAGGGUUGGACAAGUUGGCGGUUUAUGUCGCCGAAUCAACAAAAGAGAUACAUCUCAUGAGAAAAGAAAGGGAAGAAAGACGCCGGGCAUUGGAAACUCGAGCAACGCCCUCUAUAAAUGAGACCUUUAACGAAGGAGAAACUUCUAACUCAAUAACUGGCGAUAAUUUUAGUGACAGUUCGGAGAACCAGAAUUCAACCGGCGGACAACUUUGUGAAUAUAGCAAUUGGAGAAAACAACUUGAAACACAUAACGAACCAAUCAACUUACGAUUCGCGACCGUAAGGGAAGCUAGAGGCUCUGAUAGAAGAUUUUGUUUUGAAGUGAUAACACCUCAAUAUCGACGCAUAUAUCAAGCAACAUCGGCUGAAGAUAUGAAUUCAUGGAUAGCCGUUAUUUCGAAUGCAAUCGAGAGCCUUCUCAAUGGGACAAGUAGCUAUCGUAAUUUAGAUCAAGUCCUGACUCAGAAUGCUGAUGUCACUGGGGCUGGAGCCCUCUUUUCUAAGAAAGCUGUUCAACGAAGAGGAACAAUGCAAAAUAAUUCCGAAAAGAAGAAAUCCGAUUUAAAAAAGGGGGCAUCAUCUAUGUCCGGAGAUCAGAUAAUUGUUCAAUCGGAAGGGCAAAUCCUUCAAGAAUUAGAGGACAAGAAUCUGGGUACUCAUAUUUCCAAGAUUCGAUCACUUACCUUGGAUACGACCUCUUACACACCUGAUCUUAUUCAGUUAAUAAAGUCAAUUGGAAAUGCGCGUUCUAAUGCAAUUUGGGAAGCCACACUCUCACCACCUCCCUCCGAUAAGCAGCCUGAGAUGGCAUCACCAUCAGCACCUAAUGUUUCGUCGAAACAAGAAGAGGAAACAGAAUCUUCUAUAGAUUCCGAAUGGGUUGAACUUAUUAAUAUGGUGACUCCGUCGAUUAAAACCUCGUCAACAUCUUCAUCUUCAACCCCUUCGCCAACACCGUCACCCACUCCUAAAAUUGCAAAAGGGAUGCAUAAACCGUCGAGCACCGACUCUCGUGAAAUAAAACAAAAGUUUAUCACAGCAAAAUAUGUCGAUAGGGCCUUUGUUGAUUUCUCACUUGUGGACGAAGACAAGACGGCAACUGAUCUUCUUUUCGAAGCUGUAAAAGCGAAUGACAUACCUCAAGCAAUGCAGGCUAUCGCCUUGAAAGCCGACGUAAACGCAGCUCGUCGAUUUGAGGUUUCCAAUGAUCACGGUUUGAAAACACCAUUGUUGUUAGCUUUGCUUCAUAUUGACAACUCCUUGAUGAUUGUGGAGGAUGAUAAGAUGCUAUUCCCAAUGGCUGAAUUAUUGUUACAGAAUGGAGCUCAUGUUGAGAAAGCGUUAUUCGACAACCUUGAAGAGACUCUCAGUGCAGCAUCCCAACCGAUUACGCGAAGUUCAGCGAAAACUGUUGGCACUUGGGCGGAAGAAGUAGUCAAUGAUAUGAAGAAAUCAGGGAAAACCGCACUUGAUGUAGUACAAGCAAGCGGAAACAUAGCAGCAAUAAGAUAUCUUACACCGAAGGUGCUUGCUAGGGGACCUGCAUCCAGUUCAAAUGUUAAUAACAUGAGUUCUUCCAUGUCCACGACAAUUACUGGCGGCGUGGCAGGUGGAACCGUGAUUGAAAGAAGACCAUCACCAACUUUGAGUAGAUCAAUAUCAAUGUCAGUCAAAAAUGCAUUAUUGUGA